AUGGGAGAACUAGAACUAGAAGCCCAACAGUCAGUACACCAACACGAUGAAGCCGUACUGGCCGAUAUUGGUUACAAGCCCGAGCUGGCCCGAAACUUCUCCAUGCUACAAGUGUUUGGUAUUGCUUUCUCCAUCAUGGGCCUGCUGCCCUCCAUCGCGACCACCCUCUCUUACACACUUCCGGCAGGUCCCUACGGUAUGGUGUGGGGUUGGUUUGUUGCAUCAGGAUGCAUUAUGACGGUGGGUUUGGCCAUGGCAGAGCUUGGAUCGGCUCUUCCUACCUCUGGAGGUCUCUACUGGUGGACAUAUCACUUUGCUCCCGAAGGAGCCAAACGACCUCUUUCUUUUCUUGUGGGAUACUCGAACACCCUCGGUCUUACCGGCGGAAUCAUGUCGAUCGACUACGGAUUCGCCCAAAUCUUCGUCAGUGUCAUCAUCAUCGCGACAGACGGCAAAUGGAACCCUUCCCCCUACACUGUCUACGGAAUUUUUGCAGCCUGUGUGAUUUCUCACGCUCUGGUCGGGUCUCUCGGUACUAGCCACAUGGCCAAGGCCCAGACAGUUUGCAUUUACACCAACAUUGCCAUCAUUGUCGUCAUGAUCAUCGCUCUGCCAAUUGGAGGACGGCACCAUCUCAACUCCGGAGAGUAUAUGUUUGGACACAUUGACAACCUGACUGACGGCUGGCCUUCCGGCUGGGUCUUCUUCCUCACCUGGCUGAGUCCAAUUUGGACAAUUGGAUCGUUCGAUUCAUGUGUUCACAUGUCAGAGGAAGCCUCCAACGCAUCCAGGGCGGUCCCCUUUGGUAUUAUCUCGUCUAUUGGCAUGUGCUGGGUUCUUGGAUUUGUUAUCAACAUUGUCUUUGUAGCUGUUCUUCCUCACGACAUCUCUCCUCUUCUGGAGACUGUCUACCAGCAGCCGAUGGCUCAGCUCGUUUACGACGUUCUCGGAAAGAACUGGGCUAUUGGAAUCAUGGUCGUCCUGUUCGUUCUCCAGUGGACUAUGGGUCUGUCUAUCGUGACUGCUGCCUCUCGACAAUCCUGGGCCUUCUCUCGAGACGGAGCUCUACCAUUCUCAAACUUCUUCAAGGUCAUCAACGAGAAGUUCUCUAACCCCGUCCGUUGUGUUUGGGGCAACUCCAUCCUUGCUCUUGCUAUCGGCUGUCUCUGUAUGAUUGACGCAGCCGCAGCAGCAGCUCUCUUCUCAUUGUCUGCAGGAGGAAACGCUCUGGCUUGGGGUGUUCCUAUCUUCUUGAAGCUCGUCUGGGGCCGGAAGAAGUUUGUACCUGGACCCUUCUACAUGGGAGAUUUCCUGUCUGUUGCCGUAGCUGCUUUUGCUUGCUUUUACCUCACAUUCACCAUUGCCCUGCUCCAGUUCCCCCAGACAACCUCCCACCCAACAAAGGAGACCAUGAACUACACAUGCAUCAUUUUGGCGGCAGUGUGGGGUGGUUGUCUCAGUUAUUACUAUUUGUUCGCCCACAAGUGGUACCAGGGUCCCAAGACGACUCUGGAGCCCGUUGUGGUUGAUGGACAGGUGGUUGGAUACAACGAGGAGGCGGACCACCACAAAAAGAUCGAAGCUGAUUAUGACCAUGGCCAUCAAGCCUCUAGUCAGACCAGUUCUGAGUGA